AAAACUAUCCAGUCAGCAGCUCCGAUGGGAAGACGGAGUCAGUGGCCAACCUGCAGCCGCAGCCGUCCCUCAUCUCCCUGCAGUCCAGCUCCCCGGGACCCAAACGCUCCGGAAACACUCUGAGAAAAUGGCUGACCAGCCCGGUCCGCCGCCUCAGCCACGGCAGCUCCGUCAAGAAGCUCCCCAAUAACAAACAGAAGAAGACGGGUCCAGGAUCCGGAAGAGAGGAAAACAGGAAGAGCGUCGACCUCGGACAGCCCGACCUCGCUCUGCAGGACGACAACAUCGAUGAGAGGGUCCUCAGUAAGGACGGUAACCUCCUUUCUAAGACGCCCUCUGGGAUGCAGAGCGGUGGCGAGGAGGAGCAGGACGAGGAGGCCCACACUCCUCUGCCUCCCCCCAUGGAAAUCAUCAAGGACCCCUCAGCUCAGGAUGAGAAGUCUUCGUCCUUGCUAACGUCUCUGCAGUCGUCCUCUGAGGUGCCCAGCGCUGCAGAGCUGGUUAGCGCCAUAGAAAAACUGGUUAAAACCAAGAUGACUCUGGAGCCAGGAGCGUACCCUGGUUUCAACUUGCCCUCUCCGCCUGAACAAACCACUCCCGUCCAACCGCGGAACCCCGAGCUGGAGCAGAUAGCCAAAGCUAUGAGAGGACGAAUGUUUGUGCUGAACGAGCUGAUUCAGACAGAGAAGGACUACGUCAAAGAUCUGGGCAUCGUGGUGGAGAGCUUCAUGAAGAAAAUCGAGGAGAAGGGCUUCCCCGACGACAUGAAAGGAAAAGACAAAAUCGUCUUCGGGAACAUCCACCAGAUCUUCGACUGGCACAGAGAUUUCUUCGUAGGAGAGCUGGAGAAAUGUCUGGAGGACAACGAGCACCUGCCGGAGCUCUUCAUCAAACACGAGAGAAGACUCCACAUGUACGUGGUUUAUUGUCAGAACAAGCCGAAGUCCGAGUUCAUCGUAGCAGAAUACGACACAUACUUUGAUGGAAUCCAGCAGGAGAUCCAGUCCAGACUGAGCAUCAGCGACUUCCUCAUCAAACCAAUCCAGAGAAUCACCAAAUACCAGCUGCUACUGAAGGACUUCCUGAAGUACAGUCUAAAGGCAGGAAUCGACUGUGAGCAAAUUGAGAAAGCAGUAGAUUUAAUGUCUCAGGUCCCUAAACUGUGUAAUGACAUGAUGAAUCUGGGUCGGCUGCAGGGAUACGAGGGUAAACUGAUCAGUCAGGGCAAACUGCUGCAGCAGGAAACCUUCUUCGUGACGGAGCAGGACGCCGGCGUCCUGUCGCGCUCCAAAGAACGACGAGUUUUCCUCUUCGAGCAGAUCGUCAUCUUCAGCGAGCUGCUCAGGAAAGGCUCGUCCACGCAGAGAUACCAGUUCAAGAAGAGCAUCAAGGUGUCGUUCCUGGGUCUGGAGGAAAGUGUGGACAACGACCCCUGCAAGUUCGUCUUGUCAUGUCGCGGCUCAUCUGAGCGUUUCACGCUGCAGGCGGCCAACGUCGACAUCAAGCAAAUCUGGGUCCAACACAUCCAGGAAGUUCUGGACGCUCAGAGCAACUUCCUGUCUGCUCUCCAGUCUCCCAUCGAGUACCAGAAGGAGAAAGGCGGCGGGGGCGGCAGCUCGUCGCUGACCAGAAACCGCUCGUCUUCUGGAAACCGGCCCGGCAUGUCCUCCCACAGCCGGCCGUCCUCCGCCGUGGGCAUCGGUGACAAGGAGACAGAGAGAGGGAGGAGCCAGAUGAAAGUGUCUACCUCCAACGGGGGAUCGUCGUGUUUCGACCCCAGGGACACCGACGGCGGCUGCAACGGCGUCUCCUCCACCAUGCUGGUCACUCAGAACUACUCUGCGCUCAAGGAGAACGAGAUCUGCGUCAGUCAGGGGGAGAGGGUGCAGAUCCUGGCCACCAACCAGCAGAACAUGUACCUUGUUUACCGUCCCGCCAACAUCCAGUCGCCCGCCGCUGAGGGCUGGGUGCCAGGACACGUCCUGGGCCCGGCCGCAAAGUCCAUAAAAGACUCUUCCUCCACUUCCUCCUUCUCAGCGGCGGUGGCCGAUGCCAACAACAUCAAGAAGUCUCUGUCGUGGAACACGCUGCGCGCCAGGAAGCGCGCCGAAGCCACCUCGGGGGUCAGAGGUCACGAGAACGGCCUCUUCCGUAAGCCCAAAGAAACCACGCCCCCUCCCCCUCUCGCCUCCCCCGCCACAGGGGUAAAGGGCAAAGACACGUCAGAUGAGUCGGACUGUGACGAUGACCUCGUCCCAAAGACCGGCAUGGAGCUUCUCAACCCAAACUUCAUCCAGGAAGUGGCUCCAGAGUUCCUCGUCCCUCUGUCAGACGUGGUGUGUGCGUUUGGCGAGACGGUCGUCCUCUGCUGCAAAGUCUGUGGACGGCCCAAACCCUCCGUCACCCUGAAGGGCCCCGACCAGAACCCAGUGACCAGCAACAGCCGCUUCACCAUCGACAUCAGGGACACGGGUGACAUCUUGUUGAAGAUCUGCAAUCUGAUGCCUCAGGACACGGGGAUCUACACUUGUGUUGCCGUUAACGACCACGGCUCCGCCUCAUCCUCUGCCUCCAUUAAAGUUCAAGGUAUCCCAGCAGCCCCAGGGCGGCCGGUGGCACAGGAAGCCAGCAGCACGGCGGUGAUGAUCCACUGGCCACCGCCGGCUUCAUCCGCCCACUGUGCUGUCAGUAGCUACACUGUGGAGUACAGACAGGAAGACUCGUUGCUAUGGCAGCAGGUGGCCAGCAGCAGGGAGGAGUGCGUUCAGAUCGACACUCUGAUCCCCGGCGGUCACUAUCAGUUCAGAGUGCGAGCCUCCAACCACUGGGGGGUGGGGCCGGCGUCCGAGCCCUCCAACAUGGUGACGCUGCCCAGCAGCAACUCUGGAUACGAAGGAACAGGAAUCCAGUGGAAGGAAAACUUUGACUCCAGCUUCUCUGAGAUCUGUGAGAUCGGAAGGGGACGAUUUUCAGUGGUGAGAAAAUGUCUCAACAAGUCCACAAAGAAGGAG